CAACCAACCAAACCCUCAUCAUCAUCAACCACUUUUUUCGCUCUUGUCUCUUCAUCCCCAUCCCUCAUACCUUACUUUACACAUACACAUACACACACACACCCUCUCUUCCUCAUCUGAAUCAUGUCUGGCUACGGAGGAAAUGCAAGCUACGGUGGUAACGCCAGCUAUGGUGGCAACAACAGCUACGGAGGCAACAGGCCCAACAACUCUGGCUAUGGUGGCAACAGCAACAAUCACGGCAGCUCAGGCUCGGGGUACGGCGGAAACAAUUCAUAUGGUAGCGAAGGUGGUUAUGGCUCUGCGCAGAGACCCGGUCAGUACGGCCAGCAACAACAAUACGGAGGUCAGUACGGCUCGCAACAGCAACAGCAGCAGUACGGUGGGGGUCAGUACGGACAGCCAGGACAAUAUGGCCAAGGGCAACAGUAUGGUGGCUAUGGCAAUAACCAAUACUACGGCGACCAGCAAGCACCUGUUCCUGGUCAAGAGACCGAGGAGGACGUGAACAGGGUGGCCCAGCAGAUCCGUGAUGUGCGUCAGGAAUCCGUCCAGUCGACCCGCAAUGCCCUUCGUGCCCUGCAAGAGGCCGAUGAGAGCGCAGGACGAACGAUGCAGCAGCUGGGUGAGCAAUCUGAACAGCUGGGUCGCGUCGAACGCAGUCUGGACUCUGCUCAGAUCCAUGCCGAUAAUGCACAGGAGAAGGCUAGCGAGCUCAAGACGGUCAACCGCUCCAUGUUUGCGAUCCACAUCAAGAACCCGUUCAAUUCGACCAAGAAGAAGGAAAGAGAGCUCGAGGAGGCCAAGCGCAGGGCUGCAGAGGAGAUGGCACAACGUGAGGCCAUCCGCAAAGAAGAAUAUGACUCGAGGCAGAGAAUCAACGCUGCUAUGGGUCAAGGACCUUAUGGACGGCCACCAAACUCGGGACCGAACUACAGCAACAACGGUCGCGGAGGCCCUGGAGAGCAGUCGAUGUACUCAUUCGAGAAUACGACUGAGGACGAUGAUGCCGAGAGGGAAAUUGACCACAAUUUGGACAUGAUGGGAGGAUUCAUGGACCGUCUCAAGCAGAGCGCCAUGACCAUGAACACCGAGGUGAACCGACAAAACGAACGCCUGACUGGACUUGGCCAAAAGACCGAAAAUGUCCAUGUAUCCGUGACCCAAAAUACGCAGACGCUGCAAAAGAUUGCCAAGCGAGGAUAGAAGCGCGGAUUCGUGAUAUACCGAAAUGCAGUUGUGUAAUAUUCAUUAAAGAAAUAAAUGCGGAUCAAAUCAACGUUGACUUAGUCGCCGUUAAAAUCUAC